AUGCACGAGAGGGAUCAAAGUUGCCCCUCAUCACCACAUCGUCAUCACCACAUCGUCAUCACCACACCGUCAUCACCAAACCGUCAUUACCACACCGUCAUCACCACCAUCGCGUCCUUAUCACCAUACCAUCAUCACCACAUUGUCAUUACCACAUCGUCAUCACCAUAUCAUCACCACAUCCUCAUCACCAGACACUCAUCAUCAGACCCUCAUCACCAAACCGUCAUCACCAACCUCUCGUCCUCAUCAUCACACCGUCAUCACCAACCUCGCGUCCACAUCACCACACCGUCAUCACCAGACACCCACUACCACAUCGUCAUCACCGCAUCCUCAUCACCACACUUUCAUCACUAUACUGUCCUCGAGUCCUCAUCACCACACUGUCAUCAUCAACCUCGCGUCCUCAUCACCACACCCUCAUUACCCGAUCCUCCUCAGCACACCAUCAUCACCACACUGUCAUCACUCUCACCACCACACCGUCAUCUACAUAGAACUUCAAAAUCGAGAAGAAAUGAAAUGCAUAGGAGACCCUGUGACCACCGAGACCAAGAGGCGGUGAGUCAGUACAAGACGAACAGAGCUGGAGACACAGUACAUCACAAUAAGAGCUGGAGACACAGUGCAUUACAAGAAGAGACGCAAGGCAAGCAGAGGUCGCCGGAAGCAAAUGAUACGGGGAAGGCUGAUCGUGACAAGCCAUGA